GAUGCUUUUGUCGAUGCGGCUCUGACUCGGGGGGUCGGUGAGUAGGAUACUUCUCCCCGAGAGGGAGCUGGGGGAUGGCGGGUCUACUGUCACAACUCUUUUUUCUGGCAUUUGAUGAUCUGGGGAACCUCAACGUUGCCGCCUACUCUCUGUCUACCUUCCCUUUCGCGUGAUCGUUUCCGCAAGUUGCCUUACGGAUUUGCUGCGCCACCGGUCGCAGAGCCUUUCGUUCCGCAGGGGAUUUCUGCUUAUCUGCAGAUGUUCUUGGCCUUGGGGUAGGACGCUUCUGCCAGCAUCGCUUCAUCGUGCACUAAUGUUUCCCCUGAUCCGAUAUAUCAGCAUGAGUCGCCCGGGGUUGGCGGCGCUUCGUUUCGGUAUUAGUUGCCCGGCUGUCGGGUGUGGUGAUAGAAUAGUAUGUGCCAGGCUUGCUGGCUGCUUGUGAUAGCGUGUCUGCGCUUUUGCUGGGGUACUCUUCCUGCGUGGGCCACCUUAUCUGUGUCUUCCCUUUAUAGGCGAGUGGGGCUGUGCCUGUGCGAGUGGGC